GCUCCGGAGGCGGGGGGCGGUGCUGGCGGCGGUGGCGAUGGCGGUGUUCGUGGCGGCGCUGGCGCGGCUCUUCCGCCGUGGCUCCGCCGGCCUGGGGACGGCGCUCCGGCGAGAGGCGAUGGGCGGCCCCUGCGGCCGGGGCCGGCUGGGGACCGAGGUGCUUAGAAAAGGCCUUCAGAGGGGGGUUGUCCUUUCAACAGGGUCCUUUUUGGUUUAUGAAGCUCAUAAGCUGAUUUCUGGCUUCGCUGAGGUUCAUGCGAGCUUCAAAGUGGAAGAUGUGAUAGAACAAGCAGACUACCUGUAUGGGAGUGGAGAAACUGAGAAGCUGUAUCGGUUGCUGGUUCAGCAUAAAAAUAGUGAUGAUGCAGAGUUGUUAUGGCGGCUGGCACGGUCGUCACGGGAUCUGGCUCAGCUUGGUAGUACUUCUGCAGAGGAGAAGAGACAACUGACAUAUGACUCCCUUGAGUAUGCAAAAAAGGCACUUGAAAUAAAUGAAUCAAAUUUUGCAGCACACAAGUGGUAUGGAAUUUGCCUCAGUGAUGUUGGAGACUACGAAGGAAUCAAGACUAAAAUUGGAAAUGCUAUUGUCAUCAAAGAGCAUUUCCAGAGAGCCAUUGAACUGAAUCCAAAAGAUGCUACAACAAUUCAUCUUAUAGGGAUUUGGUGUUACUCCUUUGCUGAGAUGCCAUGGUACCAAAGAAAAAUAGCUGCGACGCUGUUUGCCACACCACCAACCUCCACAUUUCAAGAGGCUCUUCGUUACUUCCACAUGGCAGAAGAAGCUGAUCCAAAUUUCUACAGCAAAAAUUUGCUCUUUUUGGGGAAAACAUACUUGAAGUUAAACAAUAAGAAGAUGGCUCUUCUGUGGUUAAGCAAAGCAAAGGAGUAUCCUGCACAGACAGAGGAGGACAAACAGGUACAGAAAGAAGCUUUGGAGCUGCUUAAUUCUAUAUAAGAAGAAACAAGAUAAUGGGAAUUCAGUGCUUCAGGUUUGAGCAGCAUAGGAAAAGCCCCAAAUACUACUUUGGUUUAUUGAAGCUGUUAAUCAAAGUAUAGCCCAGACCUUCUAUCUCCCUCUAAUUUCUAUUAAACUCUGAACUGGAA